AUGACUCACAUGAUGGGUCCCACAGAGUGCGCGAUGGUCGCCACAAUGCCCUUCCUGGAUAACGGUUGCGCCAAUCUAGCGGAUUACGGUUGCUAUGCGAGCGAUUAUUGGGCCACGCCCUACUCCACAGGCGGCCUCAGCCCCAUGAAACAGAUCGAAGCUUGCAUACAGACGGCGGGCAAAGAUCGAACCUCCUAUAAGCCCCUCGAACAGAUCGAUGCGAAGCUGGCGGAUAUCGAUAGGCAGAGCACGGGUAGUGGCAGCAGUAGUCAAAGCAGCAGUGCCGGAAGCUGCCAGGAAGGCGGCAACAACAAUAACAGCAAUGGCGUCCAUGAUGCUUCCAAUUACACGAGUGGCAGUAACAAUAACAACAACGCCAACAGCAGCAGUAAUGAACUAACAUGCAAUGUAGCGGGAGCCGCAACGGGAUCGGGAUCGGUAACAGGCGCUGCAGCGACAGCCAAGAAAUACAAACACAGUCACAAAAAAGACGAACCGGAGCCUGUCCAUCCCUCGCUGGCUCAGGCAAUUGUGGUGCUGGAGACGAAGGCACUCUGGGAUCAGUUCCAUGCCCAGGGCACUGAAAUGAUAAUCACAAAAACAGGGCGCCGCAUGUUCCCCACAUUUCAGGUGCGCAUCGGCGGUCUCGACCCCCAUGCCACCUACAUCGCCAUGAUGGACUUCGUGCCCAUGGAUGACAAGCGAUACCGUUAUGCGUUCCACAACUCCUGUUGGGUGGUCGCCGGCAAGGCCGAUGCCAUUUCCCCACCCCGCAUUCACGUCCAUCCAGAUUCGCCAGCCACCGGCGCCAAUUUCAUGAAGCAGAUCGUUUCCUUCGAUAAACUAAAGCUUACCAACAACCAACUGGACGAGAAUGGUCAUAUAAUACUGAACUCCAUGCAUCGCUACCAGCCACGCUUCCAUUUGGUCUACUUGCCAGCAAAGAAUGCGUCAUUGGACGAGAACGAUCAUUCGAGUCACUUUCGCACAUUCAUUUUCCCGGAGACGAGUUUUACGGCCGUGACUGCCUAUCAGAAUCAGCGGGUGACACAGCUGAAAAUAUCGAGUAAUCCCUUCGCCAAAGGCUUCCGGGACGAUGGCACCAACGAUGUCACCGGUGGCAGUUUAGGCAUGUCCAGUAUGAGUCAUGAGAGCCAGGCCCGUAUGAAGCAACACAAUGCGCAGCAGCAACAACAGCAACAACUGCAACAGCAGCAACACCAGCAGCAGCAACAACAACAACAACAACAGCACAAGGCAAAAGAUAGAAGCAGCAGUAGUUAUGGAUUGGCAGGACACACCGAACUGGAGCAGCAUACCGCAUCGCUUUUGGGCGGCGCACAUCUGCCGGUCACGCCCUCCAGUAGCACCACAUCCGGUAAUUCACCGGACUUGUUGGGUCAACAAACUCAGCAGCAGUUGCAAAUACAACAGCAACAACAGCAGCAACAACAACAGCAGCAACAAACACAGCAACAAUCAUUGCAAGCUCAUCAAAUGCCGCCUAGCUAUGGGAGCUACCAUUACCAGCAGAGUGGACCGGCGACAUCGCUCGGCACACUCACGCCCCUCUCAAACAGUUCCGGCUCCCACAACUCCACCUCUCCGCCCGCAACUGCCGCCGCCAGCUCACAGGUAAUGGCCGCAGCCAACAUAUACUCGAGCAUCGGCCAACCCUAUGCGGCCGAGCAGAGCAACUUCGGAGCCAUCUAUCACCACAACACGGCCCACUAUCACGGCCACGGAUAUGCCAGUCCCUACGAUAAGCUCAAAGUAUCGACUGGUCAUAUGCGUCAGGCAGCGGCGGCCGCCUAUGGGAUGAGCAGCUAUCAGAGCUUCUACGGAUCUGCAGCGGCUGCGGCGGCACAUCAAAUGAUGCGCCCAAACAGCUACAUUGAUCUGGUGCCCCGUUGAAUGGCCGAUGGGGAGGUGAGGAGUAGGAUGGUGGGGUGGUGUGAGUUGCUCCCCUAAUUUGAGAAAAUAUGCAAAGUAUUAGUGUGGAAUUAGAGUGGAGGUCCGAAGUAGAGCCCUGCAUGAGCAAAUAAAUGAAACAGUAUACUGCUUGCCUAGUGCCCAAGUGAUCUGGAGUAGAUGAUAUGAUCGGAUAUAGAGCAAGUUUAAAUCCCUGAACCGAAACUGAACUAAAAAGAGGGAAGUUCACAUAUAUAUAUAUAGCUAGUCAUCCCGAAUGAAACGUUAUUCGAUCACAUUUUAAUAUCUGCAGUGCGAUCAAACAAAGGACAAUAUAAAAAUAUUCAUUUAUGAAAGCUUAAAGAAGAAUAAAGAUCUUUCGAGUGCUCCGGUGUGUAUGUGUGGACAAGUACAUAUGUCUGGACCAUAGCGUAUGUCCGAUAAGUAUGUCUGGAUCAUAAUUAUACAAGAUUGAAUAGAAUGUCAAUACAAGACCAUUGAUUUUUGAAAGAUUAAAGAAGCGAAAUUUAGACUCAUUAAUGCUAGGCAAGCUAUUUAACGAACUGCCGCGUAGUCCCGAGAUAAUUUCUCAAAUAGAACAGGUCUCGAUAACAUUUUUUGUUUAGCUCGAGUUAGAUUAGAUUGAAAGCCAGCACUAGCUCAUUAAAUUAGGAAAGCUUUUGAAAGCCUUUCAUUAAAACACGCCAUGCCUAUUCGCGUGCCAUUCAUGUCCUUUCGCCGCACC